CAGGAAAUGCUUUGAUCGCCAUAUUUGCAGUGAGACAGCAGUGCUGGUAACCGGGUUGAAGUAUUGCUGCUGUUAGUUCAGGAUGUUUCUUUCGUCUGAUUCCCACAGCCACCAGCAGUUUGGAAAACAAAUGGAUUACCACUACACUGGGCCGGUUGAACAACGCUUUAAUCCCUACACAUUCAACGGGGGGACUAUUCUGGCUCUUGCCGGUGAAGAUUUCGCUCUGGUGGCUUCAGACACAAGACUGAGUGAAGGUUACUCAAUUCAUAGCAGGGAUACACCCAAAUGCUACAAAUUGACAGAUAAAACGGUCAUCGGAUGUAGUGGAUUUCACGGGGAUUGCCUCACUCUCACCAAAAUCAUUGAUGCCAGAUUAAAGAUGUAUAAACAUUCAAACAACAAGACAAUGACAAGUGGAGCUAUAGCCGCCAUGCUCUCAACCAUCCUCUACUCACGCCGCUUCUUCCCUUACUAUGUGUACAAUAUAAUUGGAGGGCUCGAUGAAGAAGGAAAGGGAGCAGUUUACAGUUUUGAUCCAGUAGGUUCAUACCAGAGGGAUGCUUACAAAGCAGGUGGUUCUGCAAGUGCAAUGUUGCAGCCUCUUCUUGACAACCAGAUUGGAUACAAGAAUAUGCAGAAUGUGGAGCGCCUACCAUUGACAUUGGAGAAGGCCCUGCAGCUUGUUAAAGAUGUUUUCAUAUCUGCUGCAGAGAGAGAUGUGUACACUGGAGAUGCAUUAAAAAUUAGCAUUGUUACGAAAGAUGGCAUACGAGAAGAAUCCAUCUCUCUGAGAAAAGAUUAAUUCAGUUAUUGCUAAUGAGUACUGCAAAUCUAGCUCUUGUAAUGUAUACCAUACAACUGAUUUUGUUUUCUCCAAGAAUUCCAUUUUUUCUUUAUAUAAAAUAAAAAAAUACAAAAAAUGA